AUGAGUCCACUAGUUGUGUUGAGAUCAGUUGCCUUUCUGUGUGCUUUUGCUGCCAUAGCCAGGGUAGCUAAUACUUCUGCUUCUAUCUCACCUCCUCUAGGAAACAAAUUGUUGAUCACACUGAAAGGGCGAGGCGUACAGGUUUACAAGUGUGAAGAGAACCUUUCAUAUAGUCUUGAUCAUGCGAGUGCAGAAUUGUAUGGAUUGAUGGAUUUUGCAUAUUCAUAUCCAAGAGGUCAACAUUAUUUCCUUCCUUAUGCUGAUGGACAAGGAGGCAAACCUACCUGGUCCUAUUUCGAUGGAGAACAUACUACUACCAGUACAGUCACAGGAAAAGUGAUUGGAAAAAAGGAAGAGAAAGACACGAUACCAGAUCUAUUAUUGCAGGCGACCUCCCAUAGUGGCCCUGGUUCCUUUGACAAGAUUUCCUACAUCUCACGAUCUAAAAGUAAAGGUGGUAUUCCACAAGUUACAUGUAGUAGUGUAGAAGAUACCAUUCAAGUAAAUUAUGAAGCACUUUAUAGCUUUUACAUAAGGGAAAAGAGUAAACCUGUGGGGCUUCCCUUGUCUCUCUCAAUUUCAAAUGGACAUGUACCUAUAACUAGCUACUUUGGUGAAGGCAUGCAAAUAUACUCUUUCAAUGGAUCAACAUGGGUAAUAAAAAAUGUUUCAGCUCAAUUGUCAUCAGUUCCAGGACAAGAGGUGGUUGGAAAGCAUUAUUUCCUUAGUGAGAUAGAUUCUCAUGGAGGGCAACCCACAUGGGAGACAUUCAAGCCCUCUAGUAGAGUAACUGCAAAACUUCAAAGUCGAGAAGUAGUUGACCAAAAUUCUAUUCCAUGGCUUUCUUUGCAAACUACAAGUAGUGUGGAUAGCAAAUACUCACUAGCACCUAUCUCAUACAUACAAAGAGUUUCUACAACUGAUGGAAAACCUCCAGAAAGUGUUAAUGGAGCUCAAAUUGGAGAUAUCUACAUGUCUCCAUAUACCGCAAUAUAUUGGUUUUAUGUACCCAUUAAUAUAUGGAAUUAA